AUGCGCCCCAAACACACACAACACCCUCUUCCGGCGUUUCCAGUGUAUUCAUGUGCUUUCUUGUCGCCAACGGAACUGGUUUUGGGAGGCGGAGGAGGUGCUUCCCGAAGUGGUAUUAAGAAUAAACUUCGUCUUUACAAUGUUAGCGAUGACCGCUCCAUUGAACUCAAGGAUGAAUAUGAAUUAGAGAAAGGCGAAGACGCCCCUAUGAGCAUGGCCGUCCACCAAAAGACUGCGACCAUUGUUUGCGGCGUUAACAGCGUAGAAGAAAAGCUUUUGAAAGGCGAGAACGAGCAUUGCCGGACAUUCAGCGUUGCUGCAGCGAAAAUCAAGCCGCUGACUACCACGAAUACUAUACCCGUUGUCCCAGACAAGGACGAUUUUCAAAAAGUGACGGUGUUGUCACCAGAUGGAACCCUGCUGGCUAUUGCUGGUUCAAACGACUUAACUCUUCUUUCUUUCCCAUCUUUGGAACCAGUCGUUGAGACCAUUCACGUUGAGAGGGACAUAUAUGAUGCUACGUUCUCCAAAAACAACUUGGUAAUCACAACUACACAUAACCUCUUGGUCUAUGGCCUACCAACAACUGUGCCCAAAUCCUCUACUACAACAUCACCCAAAAAGUCCAAGAAAAAAAGCAAAGCCACUGCCAGCGAAACUAAUGAAAAGCUUUCGUCUUUGGAAUUACAAAAGACUGUUGAUGUACCGCCAUCAACGGGUGAAGGGAGCACGUUCCGCGCCGGCAGAUACCACCCUACGGACGACAAGACAAUGUAUACAGUCAUCAAUGUCGUACCUCCUAGAUCUCGCAAAACUAAAAGUUUGAACCGCCAAUCUUUUAUCUGCAAAUGGAACACUAGUUCAUGGGUGUUGGAAAAAAUACGAAAGGUCGGGGAUGGUGGGCUUACUUGUAUGGACUUGAGUCCCGAUGGCCGCUUUAUAGGAUAUGGGUUCUCUGACUUGACAGUAGGAUUGUUGGACGCAAAAAGCCUCAGUCCCUUUGCUUCUAUUUUGAAGGCUCACGAAUUCCCCCCAACAAUUGUCAAAUUCAAUUUAGAUUCCACUCUGCUUAUUUCUGGAAGCCCGGAUAAUUCAAUUCGAAUUGUAUCUAUACCAAGCGAUGCUACUGGUUCCUCUCUCACCACCAUCGUGAUCAUUCUUUUAACAAUUUUGGUUUUGCUGCUUGCGGUAGCAGCCAGACAAUUCCCUGGUGGUAUUGGUCUGUAA